AUGGUUUACAAACUCAGCGACGGGCAAAUUUGGAAACAUGUAGACCCAGCAUUACACGAAAUUGCUACUAUUGACGACACCACAUCCCCCACCGAGGUCACAUUGGAAGGCCCAGCCAACUGGAGGGUUGUGUCUCAAGGACUCCGCAUCUUGUGCACGGAAGCUGAGACCAACCAAGAAGGAUACUUUGAAACCGUGUCCAUUCCAACCCGUCAUGGAACAUCAACCAAAACCUCCAAAGCAAAAAGUACCGCCCAAGAUUAG